AUGGCAGUGCACAAACUAAUCAUUCUUCGUCAUGGAGAAUCGCAAUGGAACCAUGAAAACAAAUUCUGUGGAUGGAUCGAUAUACCAUUGACCGAUAAAGGACGAGAAGAGGCACGAUACGCUGGAGAGUUGAUCAAACAGCAUAAUUUAUCACCUGACAUACUAUACACGUCCAAGCUUCGGAGAUCGAUUGAAACUGGAUUCAUCAUCUUGCAAGUAUUGAACAAACCCUGGGUUGACCACAUCAAGACCUGGCGAUUGAAUGAACGUCACUAUGGCCAAUAUCAAGGUCGCGACAAGCAUGAUGUAUUUAUGGAAUUGGGCCAGGACAAGCAGAAAUUCCAAUAUAUCCGUAGAAACUAUAAUGGCUUGCCUCCCUUGGUUGACGCUGAGGACCCCAGUAUCGAUGAAAAAUACAACGAUAUCUUGAACAAGGAGAUUUUACCUCGAGGUGAAAGCUUGGCCAUGGUGAUGCAGCGGUUGAUUCCAUUUUUCAAAUAUGAGAUUUUGGAUAAUCAAAUGGUGCAAUUGAACAAGACGGUGUUGAUUGUUACUCACGGCAGUGUUGUUCGAAGUUUGAUCAAGUAUUUGAAUAAAGUCAGCGACGACGAUAUCCUGAAGAUCAACGUGCCUACUGGCGUGCCAUUGGUGUUUGAAUUGAGCGACAAGGGCGAUUUGAUAAAGCCUUAUUAUUACUUGGAUAAGGAGAAAGCUGAAAAGGGGAUGGAAAAGGUAAAGAACGAAGGAUUACAGAAAUUAUAA